AUGCUGAUGCUCAGCGAAGAGAAGUCAGAGGAGACAGAUACCAAGCAAGCAUGUCUCAAGAGCGAGAAAGAGCUUCCUUGCGAGCCUCAGAACGGUAUAGUAUUCUGGACCAGUCAAGUCAUGGCCGCUUCACCUGGCUGUGAGUCUUUGCGGGAACAGCUGUGUCAGAUUGAGCAAAGCCUCGGAGUCUGCCACGUUGCCGAAGUUCAGGCUUGGCCUCGUCCACGGAGGCAACAGGACGGUUUCAAUGAAGUGGUCCGUAGCGGAAGCGCGCUGCUGGGGAGCCAGCAGAGGCUCAGCCCGCCCAAGGACCCUACCUCCAGAUCCACAGAACGCAGCCGAGGCGAAUCUGGACGACAGGCGGCCGGGCGUGCAAAUGCAGUCCAUCAACCUGUUCCGCCCAAACAGGCAAUGGCAAGCAAGCUGGUAUCCGUCCCUUGUGUGCCUCAGACAGGGUCUCCGGCCACAGCACGUCACUCGUCGGAGGAGACUGACUUGGACAGCGACUUGGUCAUGAAGCUCGACGAGGCCGUCGACAAGUUGAUCCGAGGAAGCGUCAGACGUUUGGCUUUCGGCACCGAGAGCCCGGAAAAAAGCAGAGUCGUGGAGCUUGGCCCCACUUCAGCACCCAAAGAGCAG